AUGCCCAAAAUAGGGAAGAAAAGUUCUGUACAAAGCCAAAAACACGACGAAGAGGAGGAAUGCCAGCCGCUACAAACGGAAAGCAGCAUGGAGGACGAACAGAUAAACACGGACUCGGAGCCAACGCUUCAUUUACAGAUUUUAUUGGCUGUUAGCUUGGCUGUCUUCUGCUUCAGCAUCGUAUUGGGCUGCAUUAUCUGUUGGAGACACAGAAAGUCUAAUUCUUCUGACUCUAAAGAGGCAGGACUUUUUCUUUCCUCUGCUCCUACGGACCAGGUCACUGUGACUCUCAACUCGUCCCCAUCACUUCAAAUCCUUCCGAUCAAACAGCAGUAUGAGGAGCUGGAGGGGUAUGUGUUGGACUGUGCAGUACAGAUCGACAGCUUAACAGAGUCUGAAGACAACCUGAACACUCCAAAUAUCUGUCAGAAGUCUCGCUUUGCACUGAGGCGCCUUAGCACCCCUGCCGUACCCUCUUCUCCUUAUAAAUCAGUCACCCGUGGUCGAGCUUCCCUCCCAAGUAUUCCUAAACUGAGCUUGGUGGCUAAAACUCGCCGUGCUGGGGAUCGUCGCUGUACUGUGGCCGGCGUCAACUUUUUGUACCCUGAAAACACCAAAACCACAAGCACUGAUCUGCCUUUACCCUCCUACCACCAGAGGGAUUUUUCUCCAUCUCAGUGCAGCUCUAGGCGUGGUUCCUUCUCUAACAAGCAACCACCUGAGAUCCAGUUCUCCUUGCUGUUUUCACCAGCACAAUGCACCCUCACUGUCACUGUCCUGAGAUUGUUCAGGGGUUCCAGGAGGGUCAGUGGUGCCACGGUGCACGCUUCCCUGCCCCCGUUGUGCCCUGCUACCAUGCAAAUCGUCCCAGAGUGCAGAAGCAGCCUGACUCCAGAACCCCAGACGCAGGUCUUUACUUUAAAGGAAGGAACUGUGAAGGAGCUCCAGACCUGCACCCUCAAACUGGCCGUGAUCAGUAAAGAUUUCUCAGGCCUCCGGGAGGCGCCGCUGGGGGAGCUCCAGCUCGACUGUGCUGACAUAUACUGGGAGCCUGACGCUGAAAUCUCAUACAGUCUACAGCUCAAUCCUGCCAGCAGGAGGAUUAAAAAGAGUACCCAGGAUUAUUUGGGCACUUUGAAGACACUGGCGAGUGUUCAGAAGCCUUUGGGUCAGAUCUUGAUCCUGCUGCAGUACCAGACUCAGGCUCAUCGCAUCAAAGUGAUGGUGCGCAAAGCUGAAAACCUUGCUAAGCUAACACGCAUGCCUGGAGCUGCAGAUCACUAUGUGAUUAUUAAUCUGCGUCAGAGUGGGACAAUCAUCAGUACUAAAGAGACAAAGGGAGCAAGUGGACCUAAUGCGGUUUGGAACUCGCCCUUCCUGUUUGAUUUACCUGCGGGUGACAUGGUCAGACUACCACUGGUCCUGGAAUUCAUUAUAAUGCAGGGACGGCUGUACACUAAAAGUAGUGCUCUGGGUCGUGUUCUGAUUGGCUGUGAGGGUCCAGAAACAGGGCAGCAGCACUGGAGGGAGAUGUUCAGCCGAGGGCAGGUGGAGACAGCGCGCUGGCACCCUGUCAUAUCAGAUACACCAUAG